UCUCUGUCUGACAGUGGAGUGCUCUGUGGUGUCUUGCUCUGUUUGGUGUUUCAGAGUAAGAGGAUAAAAUGUCCAAAAUCACCAAGCUUUGGGCCCUAUUGUUGUGGAUGCAAACACUAACCUUUGUGAAAUGCAAAGAUUGUACCCUUGAACAGUUUUUAAAGGGGCCAAACUAUAAUUCACAUUUUGACACAACUAGUUUGGAAGAAACAUACGCAGGUGGAAGACGAGUGAGGGUGCCCUGCAAUGUUGGCUACACUGGCUUUUUCAGGCUCGUCUGCACUGAAGGAAACUGGGAACCUUUUGGCUCAACGUGCGAACCAAUAGACUGUGGUCAUCCCGGCGAUGCCGAGUUUGCAGACUUCGAACUGGAGAAAGGAGAGGAUUUUGUCUUUGGGUCACAAGUGAUUUAUAAGUGCCAAAAGGGUUAUCAUAUGGUCAGCCGAAAUUAUCGCCGGCGUUGCACGGCAAAUGGCUGGGAUGGUGUUGUUCCAGUGUGCGAAGCCAGUCAAUGUCCAGUCUUUCAUGUGGGCCCACAUGUCCAAGUCAUAGGGAAUCCAGGAGAAGCCAUUUUUGGCAACGUAGUUCGGUUCAUCUGUGCAUCGAACGAUAAAAUAUUGAAAGGAUCAGCCGAGAUUUAUUGCAAUGAAAACGGAGCAUGGGUUGGUGAAAUUCCAACAUGCGAAGAAGUAAAAUGUGAUACUCCUGUAAUUGAACAUGGAGAUGUGGUUGGUAGCCGCCAACAGUACAAAGAGAAUGAAGAACUGAACUUUAAAUGUGGCCAUUUUUAUAAACGUUCUGAUGGCAGACCUUCAAGAUGUGUGAAGGUCGGAUCGAAGGCAGAAUGGGUCCCAACACCUGGAUGUGAAUUAAUAAAAUGUGGACUGACACGACUCCGAGGAACAACAUACAACUUCCAAAACAAAAAUUUGUUUUUACCUCAAGAAAAACUGCAAGUUACAUGUGGGGAGAAGUUCUAUAUUUUGAAUGCAAAAACGACGACAGCAGAAGUUACUUGCAAAGAAAAUGGACAAUGGGACAUCAGCCCAGUAUGCCUUGAGGUCAGAUGUCCAGCGAGACUACCAAAUGAAAAUUUGUCUGGAGAUGACAGAACUUUGGGGAAAAAUUUUUUGGGUGACACCGUACUGUAUACGUGUGAAAGUUACUACGAGAAAACAGACGGUGUCAGUCAUGCCACCUGCACCAGAGAUGGAUGGACACCAAAACCACUUUGUUAUGCAAAAUAUUGUCCAUAUCCUGACUUUGAAAAUGCUGAAAUUACCAGAAGCUCACGGUAUUACAGAAAUGGUGAGAAGGUCACAUACAGAUGCUUGCCCGGGGAUGGAAAACACUUCACAGCUACCUGUGAGAGAGGUAUCUGGACUGGCAACAAAAACUGUUUAGAUGUAAUACCUUGUUCAAAACCUCCAAUUUCACAUGGAUUCGCAGUCGGCUCAUUCAUCGACACAGUGUAUUAUUCCUGUGAUGAAGGUUAUAAACUUUUUACCAAAAGUUGGUGGGGUCAGGCCAAAUGUACUAAUGGUCAUUGGUCUAAAUUUCAUUUGUGUAUAGAAAAUCGUUUUUGUGGAGAAGCUCCUGAGAUUCCUAAUGGAAGAGUGGAACUCAGAAAUCAUCCUGGGCAUUCUGAAAGAUUUGAGAUUGUUUGCAGUGAAGGAUACAGAACUGAGACUGACCAGCUACCUUGUCAUGAUGGAACAUGGGAUUUAGAAGCACUGCAAACAAUCUGCAGCCCUGCUGCUGAACGCUGCAGCUCACCACCUAAAGUUGAAAAUGCAGUUGUUAAGACGCCAUAUCAAAGCAAAUACUUGUCAGACACUUCAGUAACUUAUCAAUGCCGUAAAAGCUAUAGGAUGACAGGAAAAGACACAAUUACAUGCAAGGAUGGAAACUGGGAGACGGAGAACAUCACCUGUAUUCCUUAUUGUGAGAAGCUCCAUGAUUUCAAACUGACAGUUAAUUCUUCUAUGGAUAAAGAAAUGUAUGAGGAUGGAGAAGUCAUUGAGUAUGUGUGUAACGCACCUGGUACAAUUGAAGGCAGUGCAACAUGUGUCAACAGCAAGUGGACAAAAACAGUUGAAUGUCCAGCCCCUCCUUGUGAAAUUGGUGAACUGACUUCAAACCUCAGAAUAUCUGGAUUUCCACCAAAAGACAACCGAGUGAAUGCUAGAAAUAAAAUACGUUUUUUCUGUCUGGAAAAUUAUGAUUUAGAGGGUUCUGCAGAAAUUGAAUGUUUAGAAACAGGAAUGUGGAAAUCCCCCUUCCCAAACUGUUCUAAAAAAUGUGAAGUUCCUGAGGUAGCGAAAAGUCUACUCAUCACCCCAUCUGCAGCUUAUUACAGUAAAGGGGCAAAUAUAAGAUUUGAAUGUCGUGAAAGUGGACGCUUCAUUGAAGGGAAGAAGCAGAUUGAAUGUCUGGGAAACAGAACGUGGAGUGCCCCCCCUCCAACAUGUGAAAAACCAUGCACUGUGGAUACUGAAAAGAUGAACAAAAUCAACAUUAAAUUUGCACGUGGUGAUGAAGACAAGUUAUAUGCACCACAUGAUGAUCACCUUACCUUUGUUUGUAAGAGAGGCAGACAAGUUGGCUCAGGGUCAAUGCGUAGAAGAUGUAAUGAUGGUGAGAUGGAACUGCCCAGGUGUGGGUGACGGCUUUUACUGAGAUGAUGUGAUAAACAUCUCUAACAUGUCCAUGAAAACCACAUUUAAGAGCUAUGUGAUUCAAUAUGUGUUCUGUGCAUUUGAUUAAAAAACAUUUGUUCUUGUGCCUCAGCAUGAUAAAACAUUUAAAUUGUAAAUCAAAUGUUACCCGACACAAACGUUGAAUGACUGAUUUGUUUUCUCUGCAAUCAGUUUAUAAAUACAAAAUUAAAGAUCUGCAUAAAUGAAACCAUGUACAGUAUCUCUUUACUAAGACAUAUUGUGGUUAUGUGCUUAAUUGUGACAGAAAUGUUAAAUACAUUUGUCAAAAGUUUCUUUUAUUAAUCUUCCUUGUCUGGGAGACUUAUGUGACACUGAAAAAUAAGCCCACUGUUUUCAAAUCAAAAACAUCAAAAGUAUCAGUUAAAUUUACUGUGUAUGAAUUUAAAUUUACAGUAUGUUUCUAAUAUUGUUUUUGCAGAGAAUAAUUACAUAAACAAUAUAAAAUGGCACACAUGCCUGUUUUAUCCCAAUACGUGUAUGUUUUAAUUUUACAAACAUUUUGAAGAUGAUGUCAUUUA